AUGAUCGCCAACAUGGACUCUGCUCAGCAAGCCUCAAAUUUUUUAAAGAAACUUGGACAACUUCUUCUCAUUUUCGGUUCUGAUGACCCUGAACCUCUGAAUUGCCUUCAAUCUCGACGACUUACAAAAUGGAAAGCGUUGUUGAAUGGCUCGACUCUUGCGAGGUCAAGGACCCAGAAGCAUGUACAGGGACAUGCGCAGCAGUUCGCUUCCAAGGUCCAGACCAUUGCCGGUCGCGAGACACUUUAUCUUUGCAUGAUCGAAUACUCUGUUUCAAGCCUUCCAAAAAUUUCAUAUAGUGGUUUCUAUCCAGCAUUGAAAAAAUGGUCUCGAAGCGUGCAAUUUCCAGAACUGCUAACAAAGAAGACUUCUGAGUUUUGGAAUGCAGUAGAUCAGAUGCGGGAAGGCAAAGGGACAUCAGAAGAACAAGUGUUCUCAAGGAAUGAUUCCACAGAACGGCCCGUGCCUGGUGACAAUGAUAUUCUUCUAGCAGCCAACCAAUAUCAGGAUAUCAGGAGUGAUGACGAGUCUACCGAAAGUCCUAUGCAAAUGAUGUCCCAUUUCAGAACCCUAGAUGCAACUCGGUUACGAGGGACUGCAGAAGAUGACAGCAUGCAACGCUCGACAAGAAUGCACGACAGAAACGAAUCCCAUCCCGAAAAAGAAAGGCCACUCGAGGUGGCUUUUGCGGUACCUCCGACGCUCUUGGAUGUCUUCUAUCAGCUCCAUAAAAGUUCAAAAAGCUCUCCGCACUCAGCAAUCAUCACGGUUCCCACUCAAGACCGUGUCGCAUCACUUGUUUUGUCCAUUCCUCGAACCGAGGCGGUGUUAAAGGGCGAUGAGUACAAGUUGCCAGUAAUUUUCAACUCUCGUGAUUUGUCAGAGUGA